AUGGCGAAACAUAUCCCCGUUCCAAAUGGCAUGGCAUCAUUCUGGAGAACGGAGCCACACCCACUUGAUAGCCACCGAUCUACUGACUUCCUCCCUCAAGAGUCUGAUAUCGUCAUUGUUGGAGCUGGGUAUGCGGGGUCUUCGGUCGCGCAUCAUAUCCUUGCCCAGACUCCGGUUGGGGUCAAGCCACCGUCGAUUGUGAUUUUGGAGGCGCGUCAGGCUUGUUCUGGUGCUACUGGUCGCAAUGGUGGUCACAUAAAGCCAGAUCUCUACAAUGGCAUCGCUGGCUUAGCUUCUGAAUAUGGUGUUGAUGCUGCCGCGGAAGUUGCAGCCUUUGAAGCCAAGCAUGUCUGGUUCCUCAAGGAAUUUAUUGACAGAGAAAAGAUCGACUGUGACUAUUCUGUUACAAAGGCUAUUGAUGUUCAACUCAGUGCAGUUCACACUAAAAGACUCAAGGAUGGGUAUGAGAAGUUAAUCAAAGAGGGAUGUGCCCCGACCACCACGGCUAAAUAUUUUGAUGCCAAUCAGGCAGAGAAGUACUCGGGAGUCAAAGGGGCAAAGGGCUGUUUCACAUACGAUGCAGGCCACAUUUGGCCAUACAAAUUUGUUUUGCAUCUCCUAGAGAAGGCGAUUGCCCAAGGAGUGAACCUGCAGACGCAUACCCCAGUAUCUGAAAUUACCGAGUCCAAUUCUCCGGGGUCAAGCCAUCGCUGGACAGUAAAGUCUGUCCGAGGCUGCAUUUCAGCCAAAACCGUUGUUCUGGCAACAAAUGCAUACACUUCCACCCUGGUUCCCGAAUACAGGGACAAGAUCAUCCCAGUACGAGGAACUUGUAGCCGAAUUAUCGUUCCACCAGGUACAACUGCCCCUCGGCUAACCAACACUUAUACUCUUCGUUGGAACAACUGGAACUACGACUACCUCAUUCCCCGUGCCGAUGGUAGUAUUGUCGUUGGAGGAGCCCGACCGACCUUUAUCGAUGAUCUGGAUAGCUGGUAUAAUGUCAGCGAUGAUAGCCGGGUACUCGAACCAGCUGUUCGCUACUGGGAUAACUAUAUGCAGCGCAAUUUCAUUGGCUGGGAGAAUAGUAAUGCUUACACUGACAGAGUGUGGACGGGAAUCAUGGGGUACUCAUUUGAUGGCUUACCACAUGUUGGCCCUGUUCCCGGACAGCAGGAUAAGUAUAUCAUUGCGGGUUUCACGGGACAUGGAAUGCCUCAGAUCUUCCUUGCAGCUGAGGGCGUGGCAAAGAUGGUUCUCAAUGACGUUAGAUAUGGGCAAACUGGGUUACCGCGGCUGUUUGAAUCUACUUCAGCUCGGUUGGAGACUCGGAAAAACAAGACCUUUGCUAGUACUCCUGAAGGUGGGAAGCCAGAGGCUCGUUUGUAG